AUGGCCGUCGAACCGUCAGAGGAAGCUAUCGAGAACUUCGUUAGCUUCACAAGCACAACGCGCGAACAAGCUAUCAGCUUCCUCAAGGCGAACGACAACAAUUCGAACAAAGCCAUCAAUGCCUAUUUCGAAGAUCCGACAGGGCCCCAGACACAGACAAGUGGAUUUGACAAUGACCAACAGAUGUCGUCAUUCCAGGUCGAACAUGCAGACCCCGUUCCAACCUCGGGACCACACGCAACUGCUCCUCCGUCACGUCCGCCAUCGAGGAUAAACAUGAACGAGCUACCCAUGAACGAAUACCAACCGCCGGCACCCAGCGCCUCGAACACUGGACAAGGGAUGACGCUGUCGGAGCGGGAAGAGCAGGAGCUCCAGCAAGCCGUCGCCAUGUCGUUGAACCAGAACCUUGGUCAGCAGGAAACAGGGGUCACCACUACGCAGAGAGGAAAGUUCGGAGAAGCGACCCGCGAUCAUUACGACGAAGGCAACUGGGCGAUGACUUUAUUCAACCCCACCUCGCGAGAGAUUGUUAUUAGCCCUGACCCGGAAGACCGCAGGAGAGUGAACAACGAACCAGCAUUUCUACGCCCUUCCCCGGAUAACCAGUACCUGGGAGGAUUGAUCACGAUCCUGCAUUCAAUCCCGCUUGCGAGAGAAGCGCUUUUGUUCAGGAAUCGCAUGCUUCCAAAUUACGGUCAUGAUCCGCAGUGGUGGAAUGGACAUCCGAUCAGUCUUCCCAAGAUCGUGACUAUGCAGGAUGUACAGGACGGGGAUACCAAUUGGGACGAUAUUUUAUACGAGGCGCAGAGGUUGAUGGCAUUUCUGGACUCGACAAACCGGUCUUUCGGUAGUAGUGACGCUCUGGCUAGCCUUAAGAGUAUGUCUUCCUAUUCAGAAGGCAGUGUCGGAAAGUUUCUGGAGACAUGGCAAGGGUCCGCCGCCAGGGCAGAUCCAGGAAACCAAUCCGUGAGUGUGUUCUCAUCGAACGCACAUAAACGCCCGCUCUCUGUGCACGACACGCCUAUCCAUAAGGAGUUCUUCAGCUUGGAUCCAUUUGUGGAGCCUGAACAUGGCCAAACGCUCUAUGAUGUCCUGGAUCGUGCGAUGUGGUCGGACCGACCCGGUGACGAACUCGACGACGUGUGGCUCGAAAACGUUGCAGAGGUUCUUACGAUUCGUCUGGAAAGCUCUGCAGAUUCCGUUGAUGUGAAGAUUCCUGCUGUCUUCUACCCGGAUCGAUAUCUUACUGGUGCCAGAGAGUUUGCUCGUGAGUUCCGGUCAGAGAGACUUCGUAUUUACGAAGAGAUAUUCAAGACGGAGCAUCUUUUGAACCAGUUCUCUGUGUCCAAGUCUCUCGUUCAUAAGGGACUGGGAUCAAAAGAAACCUUGGAGAAAGCUGCUGUCGCUGCUUCUCAAUUCCUGUCCAAAGGUCUUGCAAGUGGAACCAGCGAUGCAUCGGUGACGCCUGAAUCCGCAAGUACUGAGGCACAACGAUUAGCCGAGGAGCUGAAAUCGAUAUCGAAUAAAAUCGAGAACAAGCUACAAGAAUUGGAAUCACGCAAACAGGGCGCCAUUGAAGCCCUUCGAGGAUAUUCGAAGAUUCUCACCGAGCCAUCAGCAUCUCCAGAUGAACCACCUCACCAUAAGUACACGCUACGAGGCGUAUGCACCCAGCCACAUAUUACCUACGUCCUUCGGCCCCGUGAGAAUGCGCAGGAGAGCGAUGCAAGAACAGGCGACGAAUGGCAAUGGUGGCGUAUCAGCUUUUCGACAGAAGAUGCGAAGACACAACAAGCAGAGUCUGAUCGUGGUAGUCAUGCUGCACCAAGCAAUACAGAUGUCAUCGGGUAUACGGCACGCAAGGUCCGCGAGAUAGAAGUCCUUCGAGCUGCGCGCGAGGAGUCGAAAUCAGUCUUGCUUGUAUACGCAAGUGUCAAUGCAGUGACGGCCCAGGAAGACCAAAUCCAAGCACCACUCCAACGAUUCGUAGAUGCCGAUAGCCAAGCCUUUGAGGCCGAAUUACAGGAAGCAAGGACCACGCAGCAACCGGCUUCAAAUGACUUCCCCAAUGCCCCUGCUCAGGCCCAGGGAGCCACGACUUCGCAAGACGCUGGUCAUCCGAAAGUGAACGUUUUCGACUACCAGGUUGCAUCCUUUGAUAACGAGGCGGAUCCUGUAGGACCAGAGAUGCAGGAGAAAGGCGGAGGCUUCCUGAGUCAAAGCCAUGGAUUCGCUGCUCCGCCAACGUCUGGCCCUGGUGGCCCUGGAUCCAAUGAUGCUGAUGGAUCGAAAGCUGAAUGA